AUGCAUGAUCUCUCUAUUUCUAAGUGGCUACUCCUAGGUUGCGCUUAUUCACUGAGUGUAGCAGGAUGCACAGUGAAGCUCAAAGCACCCUCACAGCUUCCUCUUAAUGCUUCCAAGCCGGUUGAUCAUGCCUUUGCGUCUUUCUCUUGGCCUGUUCAUUUCUUCGCAGACUACGCUGGAAACAAAAGCCACCCAAACCACUUCUCACAGGAUAUAGUUAAUCUUCUUUACAAAAAGACAGGAGCACACCCACACAUCCGAGUAGGAGGAACAUCAGCAGACCGCGCAAUCUAUAACGAAACCCAAGAUCAAUCCAUCAUUCUCUCCGAAGAGUCCGGCAACGGAAUUCCAAAUAAAGUAUCCCUCGGCCCCGUCUUCUUCGAAGGCUUCGAUAAUUUCCCAGACACACCCUGGACCUUUCAGGUAAAUCUGGCAAACAACAAAGCCGACCGGCUUGAGCAUGCACUCACUGAAGCACGCGUUGCGCUAAGCCAUAUCCGAGGCAACCUUGUCGCUUUCGAGAUUGGCAAUGAGCCUGACCUCUAUCCCGGUGAUGUCAGACCUGCAAGCUAUACCGUUGCAGAUUAUGUUCGUGAAUGGAGGGAGUAUGCAGAUGCUAUCUCGGAGCAUGUUCUCAAGGGAAAUAGGUAUGGGUUGGAUGAGUGGAGGAUAUUUCAGGCUUUGACUUUUGUUUUUCAUAUGGAUGGGUUUACAACGGCACGAGCUUUCGAAGAUGGUGUUGAUGAUGAUGGACAUGUUAAGUUGGUUUCAUGGCAUCAAUAUGCUUCUGGUAACCAAGACUGGGUUCGGCUUCAAGAAUCAUUCAUGAACCACACCGCAACGGCAGCAAACCUCACACAAUACAUCGGCGACAUGGACGUAAUCCACGCCCGCAAUCCAAACAUCACAUUCCUCCUCGGCGAAACAAACAGCGACUACGUCAAUCUCAACAUGAGUCAGGUAGAGGGUGUAUUCGGUAGCUCACUCUGGCUUGUGGAUUAUCUGCUCUUCGGACUGAGCGUUGUAAGCUCCCAGCAACGCCUACAGCAUCUAUCUCCAAUGAUCCAAUCAAGGCUACGCAGCCUGGACACCAGUCGAAAACAAUAA